GAAGGACCCAUCACCUCCCUAGAAGCAGGCAGGAAGAAACCGGACCAAUCUGAACUCAAACACUCUUACCAAGAACAGUCGGACAUCAUACAGACAUGAUAACGUCGGUUGGCAGUGUGGAUGGGAGCAGCCCUGACAUCAUGCCCGAUGCAGAGCAGGAGGAACAGCCCCUGAGAAUCAUGCUUAUUGGGAAGAGCGGGGUCGGCAAGAGCUCAAGUGGCAACACCAUCCUCGGGCGACAGGUGUUUCUGUCGGACAUAAAGCUGAAGAGAGUCACCAAAUACUGCGAGAAGGAGAGUGGGACGGUGAAGGACGUGUCCGUCACCGCGACCAAGGGAGUUAAAGACGUGCCCGUCUCCGUGAUCGACACGCCCGGCCUUUUCGAGACGGAUCGCGACAAGGAGGUCGUCGCGCGAGAUAUUCUGAAGUGUGUCAAACUCCAGGAGCCGGGACCUCACGUCUUUGUGUUGGCGGUCCCCGUCGGGAGGAUGACGCAGGAAGAUCAAGAUACCAACACACUCAUCGAGGCAAUGUUCGGCCCGAGGGUGUGGGACUACACCAUCGUGCUGUUCACACAUGGGGAUCGCUUGGAGGGGAAAACGAUCAACGACGUCAUCGCAGAGAGCGAGGACAACCUCCGCAACUUCAUACGCAGGUGCAGCGGCGGCUUCCACGUCUUCGACAACAAGAGUCCGCAGGACCAGAACCAGGUGGCGAGCUUCCUGGCAAAGAUCCAGACCCUAGUGGCCCUGAAUGGAGGGAAACAUUACCAAACGUCCAUGUAUCCCGAACCGGAGAGGAGGAUCAGGGAAAAACAGAAGAACUUCCUGUCGGAGAGCAAUAAUGAGAUCAUUGAUAAGGAGAGACGGCUGCGGGAGCAUUUCCAGGGGGAGGAGCUGGAAACGAAGAUGAAGGAGCUGUGGAGGAGAGAGGAGGACAAAUCCAGAGUGAACGCGGAGAAUUACAUCCGCGUGUCCGACUACAUUCUGCGGUUGAUCCUCUUCCUGGGAGGAAUAGGAUUGGUAGGUUUAGCUUGUCGGGUACUAAGUAUGUGCCUUCUGGCGGUGAUUAUGAUUUUCCUUUUGAUUUUCUUCAACGACAAUAUUUGUCGUCCGUCUGUUUCAGGAAAAAUACCAUGGCUUUCUAAGAAAAUUCAAUAGGCGUAGGUGUUUUGACA